AUGCCUCCAGAGCACGCCCACCUUCAACAAGGUUAUGGCUCUGAUAUGCCCUUUAUUGAAAUCGCACCUUUGAAAGUGUCGGGUCAAUUGAAGACUCAGAGGAAGAAGAGACAAGAAUACAGUAAGGGCGCCUACAUGAGCAACUCAGACGACACUAGCUCUUUUCUUCAUUACAAGCCGCCCACACUGCCCCCAAACUCCGCCCAACCGUCCUUUCUGCCGCAACCAUCCUACUCACUACCAAAACUUCCCCAAUUACCACCACCACCACCACCACCACCUCCCAAAUUGCCAUUGCCACCUUCGUCGCCACUUUCAUCGCCACCUUCAUCACCAACUCCCGAAUUGCCAUCGACACCUUCAUCGCCACCUAUGUCUCUUGAAGUUCUGCCAAUGCCUAUAUCACUCCCAGAAUCUCUCGAAGUCCUGCUCGCACCAUCAUCCAUGCCACCAUCUCCAGUCAUGCAUACCGUGACUGCCUCAGCCUUGGUGUCUGUGUCAGACGCAAGUCGCCGUGACUAUGGUCAAGUCAUCCAUAACAUAGAGUCGGAGGAUGAGUCGGUAGUAAAGGAGGGACUUGAAGUUGAUGCAAAGUGGGACGUCACCCACGAGCACCUUUGGGCCAAUUGGACUAGUUGCCUAGAUGAUUAG